ACCAUGUUGGCCAAAAUUAUUAUCGACAAUCGAGUAUGAGUAGUGCUCCCCAACACUAUAAAUCGAAUGUACAGCUCACUUAACGUUGUUGUAAGCAGAAUUUGCAGAGAAAAUAUAUUGAAAAAAAAAUUGUAUGUAUAGCAUGUGAAAACAAACUAUUGUUUUUCUUCGGGUUAGAUAGUAAAUAGAAAACGCGAAGUUUAAUUGGAGUUUAAAGAACUGGCAAAAAACGCUGAAAAUGUUGCUGCCCGACGAAGACGGUUGCUGUUGACUAAUAACAAGAGUGUGUGUGUGUAUAUAUGUAUGCAUAGGUGUGUAUGUGUGAGUGAGUGUGUGUGAUUGAGAGUGUGUGCGUGUGUGUUUGUGUGGAGUGCAGAAAUGUUUUCCAGCAGUGGCAGUGGCAGCCAUGGAAUCAGCGUUGCUUCCACUGUGCAGGACACCGAUGGCUAUGAUUUUACAAAAUACGAGAAUGCACAGCGCUGGAAAGGAUUGUUUAUACCAUCACUGCGUAAGGUGCUCGAGCAGGUUAAUCCGCGCGUCACAGCCAAUGACGAAGCGCUGGCUUAUGUGGAAAAUUUAUGCGUACGACUGCUGGCCUUGUUGUGCGCCAAGCCAUUGCCACAUUCUGUGCAAGAUCUCGAAGAGAAGGUUAAAAGCUUUCCAUCGCCCAUCGAUCAGUGGGCUCUUAAGGAGGCCAACGAAGUGAUAAAUUCGAAAAAACGCAAAACGGUGUUGCCCACAGAACGUGUGCACUCACUGCUCCAAAAGGAUGUGUUACAGUACAAAAUCGAUAGCUCUGUUACGGCCUAUCUGGUGGCCAUACUCGAGUGCAUCUCCGCAGAUACGCUCAAAAUGGCCGCCGAUUAUGUGGGGAGAAUUUCGCAUUGCGAGAUAGCCAAAGAAGACAUUGAGGUGGUCAUGAUUGGCGAUGGUGUGCUUCUCGACAUGCUUAACCAAAGCGGCGAUCAGCACAAAAGCAAUGUAUUGCCCAGUCCACUGUCGCUGCCGGCGCAACGAGCCAGCGCCACCUACGAGGAGACCGUCAAGGAACUCAUCAAUGAUGAGAAACAAUAUCAGCGCGAUCUCCAUAUGAUUAUACGUGUAUUUCGCGAAGAGCUCGUCAAAAUUACGCGCGAUCCCAAGGAACUCGAACCCAUAUUUUCCAAUAUAAUGGACAUUUAUGAAGUAACGGUGACACUGCUUGGAUCGUUAGAGGACGUAAUCGAAAUGUCGCAGGAACAAAAUGCACCCUGCGUUGCCAGCUGCUUUGAGGAGCUUGCCGAGGCCGAAGAGUUCGAUGUCUACAAGAAAUACGCACAUGAUGUCACCUCCCAGGCAUCUCGUGAUGCACUCAGCAAUCUGCUGGCCAAGCCGAAUGCACUUUCCUUAAUGUCGGCUGGUCAUGGUUUUCGGGAAGCGGUCAAGUAUUAUUUGCCCAAGCUGCUAUUGGUGCCCAUUUGCCACGCCUUUGUGUAUUUUGACUACAUUAAGCAUCUCAUGGAUCUCAGUACAUCACAGGACGAUUUUGAAAGUUUUGAGCAAGUGCAAGGAUUACUACAUCCGCUGCACUGUGAUCUCGAAAAAGUUAUGGCUAAUCUGUCCAAGGAUCGCCUAGUGCCUGUAAGUGGCCGUGUGCGUCGCCAAAUGGCCAUAGAACGCACUCGUGAACUGCAGCUUAAGGUGGAGCAUUGGGAUGACAAGGAUGUAGGUCUUAACUGCAAUGAAUUUAUACGCGAGGAUUCCUUGACCAAAUUGGGCUCAGGCAAGCGCAUUUGGAGCGAGCGCAAAGUUUUUCUAUUUGAUGGUCUCAUGGUGCUGUGCAAACCGAAUACUAAGAAACAAACACCGUCGGCUGGUGCCAAUGCCUAUGAUUAUAGACAAAAAGAAAAGUUUUUUAUGCGUCGCGUUAAGAUCAAUGAUCGUGCGGAUACGGAGGAGGUGAAGCAUAGCUUUGAGCUGGCCACACCCAAUUAUCCAGCCACAGUGCUGUCAGCUAAAACGGCACAGCAUAAAAACGACUGGAUGGCUGAUCUCAUAAUGGUCAACACCAAGUCUAUGUUAGAUCGUAUACUGGACAGCAUUCUGCAGGACAUUGAACGCAAGCAUCCAUUGCGCAUGCCCAGCCCAGAGAUAUAUAAGUUUUCCGUGCCCGACAGCCCCGAAAAUAUUGUACUCGAGGAGCGCGACAGCGGUGUGGUGCCGAUGAUCAAAGGCGCCACCCUUUGCAAACUUAUCGAACGCCUAACCUAUCACAUCUAUGCGGAUCCCACAUUUGUGCGCACUUUCCUCACCACAUAUCGUUACUUUUGUUCACCACAGCAGCUGUUAACGCUGCUCAUCGAACGUUUUGAAAUACCUGAGCCGAGUUUGGUUUAUCAGGAGCAGCAGCAGCAAACAAACAGCCAUGCUGGCAUUGGCACGGACUCGGAUAAGGAUGCAGUGACUGCCACAGUGGAUAGCGAUAAGAUGUUAAAGAACUCGCAACGCGAGGAUUGGAAGCGCUAUCGCAAGGAAUUUGUGCAGCCGGUGCAAUUCCGUGUUCUGAAUGUGCUCCGACAUUGGGUCGAUCAUCAUUUUUAUGAUUUUGAGAAGGACCCCACGCUGCUGGACAGGCUGUUGCAUUUCCUCGAUAUUGUCAAUAGCAAAUCGAUGCGAAAAUGGGUGGAGUCUGUGCGCAAAAUUGUGGAUCGCAAGAACAAACAAAGCAAUAAAAAGAUCGUUUAUGCCUACGGACAUGAUCCUCCGCCUGUUGAAUACCAUUUGAGUGUGCCAGAGGAGGAGAUAACACUGCUCACACUGCAUCCAUUGGAGGUGGCACGUCAGCUCACACUGCUGGAAUUUGAGAUGUACAAAACUGUAAAACCUUCAGAGCUUGUGGGCUCAUCAUGGACAAAAAAGGAUAAAGAGCUUAAGAGUCCCAAUCUGCUCAAAAUCAUUCGACAUACAACAAAUGUGACACGCUGGAUUGAGAAGUCUAUUAUUGAGGCUGAGAACUAUGAUGAGCGUUUGGCCAUGGUACAGCGCGCCAUUGAGGUUAUGAUGGUUAUGUUGGAGUUGAACAAUUUCAAUGGCACUUUAUCGAUUGUGGCGGCCAUGGAUACAGCUUCAGUGCAUCGUUUGCGUGCUACUUUUAAUGGACUGCCCGAACGACAUCGGAAGUUUCUGGAUGAGUGUCGCGAGCUGAGCGAGGAUCAUUUAAAGAAAUAUCAAGAGCGUUUGCGCAGCAUCAAUCCGCCUUGCGUGCCAUUCUUUGGACACUAUCUCACAAACAUAUUGCAUCUGGAGGAGGGCAACUUGGAUUUGUUACCCAACACGGAGCUGAUAAACUUUUCCAAGCGACGAAAAAUGUCGGAAAUUAUUGGCGAAAUACAACAAUAUCAGAAUCAGCCGUAUUGUCUCAGCGAAGAGCCCAAAUAUCGGCACUUUUUUGAGCAACUCGAUCCGUACAAUAGUCUGUCGGAUAAGGAAAUGUCGGAUUAUUUGUUUAACGAGAGUCUGCGCAUUGAGCCCCGCGCCUGCAAGACGGUACCUAAAUUUCCUCGCAAAUGGCCGAACAUUCCGCUCAAAUCGCCAGGCAUUAAGCCGCGGCGCCAGAACCAAAUCCAAAACAGCAGCAACAAGCUGUCUAGCAAUGCACCCAACAGCAUUGAACCAGUUUCCGCAAACACAGCUGCCGUGGUGUCGCAUGCGGAGCUUGGUGACCAUAGUCCACAGCAUAAUCCGCAAGCAUUUUCCGUGUUUGCGCAUGUGCUUAUACCAGAGCGUAAUGGCAGCAACAGCUGGAGCGGCGCACCAAUGCAGCGUGCCAUAGAUAAUGGCGAGGUGGCACCGCAUUUGCCACGCAAGCCCGGAGCUCAUGUGUGGACACAAAGCGGCAAUGCACCAGCAGCAACAGCAGUCACGGAUGCAUUUAGUCCAGCGCUGUCAGAACAACAAGUGCAACUGGGCAACUGGGCGGUCAGUUUGUCUGAAAGCUAUUUGGGCACAGAUAUGUCAGACGUAUUGCCACCUUCGCCAUUGCCCAAGCUAUUGGUCAGUCCACGGCAUGAGGCAUCGCACUUUGCCCCACAGCAGACUGGCAAUCGCUCACCAUUCCAUGAACGCCAUACACAAACACAAUAUAGUCCAACGCAUAGCAUUGCCAGUACUGUGACGCUCAUUGGCGCUGGCUUUGGUGAUGUAAGUCCAACCUUGGGUGGAUUCUACUAUAAUCACGAGCAUGGGCACGGACAUGGGCAGUCUGGUGCGGUGCCUAUAUCGCCGCAUGUAAAUGUGCCCACGGCUAGCCACUUGGAGUAUAGGGCGGUGCCGCCGCCAUUGCCACCGCGACGAAAGGAACGCACCGAGAGCUGUGCUGACAUGGCGCAAAAGCGUCAAGCACCCGAUGCACCUACAUUACCUCCACGCGAUGGCGAGCUGAGUCCACCACCAAUACCGCCACGACUUAAUCAUUCCAUAGUUUCUGGCUAUGCGCGUCACAGUCACCAGCCUAAGGAGUUUGUCAGCAGAAGCAGCAGCCUGCUACUGCCCAACACCAGCAGUAUUAUGAUACGUCGCAAUUCGGCCAAGCAGCCAUCACUUGACUCAAGCUCUGCAACACACACAGCUGCGGGUGCAGGCACGCCCAGCACGACGGUGAUUAAUGUUGAGCAAUCCGCAAUGCUCGGUGAUGAGUCUCAACUGCAGCAGCAGCAGCAAUUGCAUCAGCCACCACAGUCGAUCUCGCCCGCAUUAAGCUCCUCGACGACCACAUCACCCAUGACGCCCAUAACGCCCAUGUCACCGUCCCCAUACAUUUCCAGCGCUAUCGAGAGCAGCACAUCCAACACCUACCCGCAUCAGCUACAGCAUCAAACACGUUUGAGGCCACAGCCAGCACAGCAGAUGGUUUACUCACAGCAUCAUCAUGCGCAUGGGCAUGCGCAUCAUCAUCAUCAUCCAUCACAACAUCCGAAUAGACGCUCGUCCCCCAAGGAGUUCUUUCCGCUAACAGCGAGCCAUAGCGAUGGCACACCCAAACUUCCACCAAAACCUAGUCUAAGCGCAAACUUCUACAACAAUCCAGAUAAAGGUACGAUGUUUCCUUACCCAAGUACAAACCAAGAAUAAUAUUUAUUGCCUGGCGAUGUGUGAUAGGACUAAAUGAGCAACUACGACAGCAUGUAACCAUAAAAUAUGUUUCAAAUUGAAUUGUGGCAUCAAGUGCAAGUGCAUGAAAAGAUAAAUACAAAUAAUGUAUAUGUAUAUGUUUAUGUAUGUAUUCAGGAGUUAUGGGCCCCGAGUUAAAUCUGACGAUUUUAUUAUUCGCAAACAAAAAACAAAAUGAAAUUUAUGUUAUUAUAUUAAUUAUAUUAUAAACAAUUGUAAAUAUCAAAACAACAUUGUA